GUAGCCAAUCACGUACGGCGAUAUGAAUACCGGAGAGCCAACCAAUCAGCAGCGGCGUUGUUGAGGAGUACAAAUUUUCCAAGAUGGUGCUGGAAAGUACUAUGGUCUGUGUGGACAACAGUGAGUACAUGAGAAAUGGAGAUUUUCUGCCCACCCGACUACAAGCACAGCAGGAUGCUGUUAAUAUCGUUUGUCACUCAAAGACCCGCAGCAAUCCGGAAAAUAACGUGGGACUCAUCACAAUGGCAAAUAACUGUGAGGUCCUGACUACUUUAACGCCCGACACGGGGCGCAUCCUCUCCAAACUGCACGCUGUUCAGCCCCGUGGCAGGAUCAGCUUUUGUACUGGCAUUAGAGUUGCCCACCUGGCACUGAAGCACAGACAGGGCAAGAACCACAAGAUGAGAAUCAUUGCUUUUGUGGGCAGUCCUGUUGAGGACAAUGAGAAGGAUCUGGUGAAACUGGCAAAACGAUUGAAGAAAGAGAAGGUUAAUGUGGAUGUGAUCAAUUUUGGAGAGGAGGAGGUGAACACUGAGAAGUUGACUGCGUUUGUGAACACUCUAAAUGGGAAGGAGGGCACAGGAUCUCAUCUGGUCACAGUGCCCCCUGGACCCAGCCUGGCAGAUGCUCUGCUCUCCUCACCCAUCCUGGCAGGUGAGGGUGGAACCAUGAUGGGACUGGGUGCCAGCGACUUUGAGUUUGGAGUGGACCCCAGUGCGGACCCCGAGCUUGCUCUGGCUCUGCGUGUAUCUAUGGAGGAGCAAAGACAACGGCAGGAGGAAGAGGCUCGCAGAGCUGCUGCCCAAUCAGCAGCUGAGGCAGGCAUUACAACCCCUACUGCUGACGAAUCAGAGGAAGCACUGCUGAAGAUGUCUGUGUCCCAGCCAGAGACCGGUGUGCCAUCACUACCAGACUUCAGCAGCAUGACUGAGGAGGAGCAGAUUGCUUAUGCCAUGCAGAUGUCCCUGGCUGGAGGAGAAUUUGGUGAAUCGAUGGACACAGGAGCUCCAAUGGACACAGCUGAAUCAGCCAAGGAAGAGGAUGAUUAUGAUGUAAUGCAGGACCCCGAAUUCCUCCAGAGUGUACUGGAGAACCUGCCAGGCGUGGACCCCAACAACGAGGCCAUCCGCAAUGCCAUGGGCUCCUUGGCUUCUCAGAGUGGAACAAAACAAGAUGGAAAAAAAGAUGAGGAAAAGAAGAAAUAAAACAUUGUAACCAAAUGUUAUCAGUAGACAGCCUGUUUGAUGAAAAAUAAAAUGAGAAAUCCCCUCAGAAAAAAAAACAAAUGGUGAGCUCCAUCUAUGUUACAGAAUACAAGCUUCUAUAGUAACUGGCUGCAGAACGGAUGAACGAUUGGGGCACUAAACUUUGUAAAACAACUUUGGAUACGUACUGGCUUACAAAUCGGCUCCUCAGAAUUCACACUUAGAUUGCUAACUACUUUUGUUCCUCUCGUGGUCGGUCGCUUGCUCUCUCUUUAUGUUCACAGCUGAUUUUGUUUAUUUUUGUUUUCUUUUUCUUAUUGCCAUUAAAGGUUUGGUUUAAGAAUACUAGAAA